AUGUCGUUUAAUAGCGCUACUCUUUCAAUCUCUGAAUCAGAAUCUGUCUUUUUCAAACUCAUAAUAUAUUUUGUGCUCGGAAUUGUUCUGUUGGUUGUUCAUUGGCCACUGCUGAGCAACAUCCUCAUCAAUAUUCUCAACAUUCAUGGUAUUCCAGCCGAUGCUCAUCAUAUUAUUAGUCUAAGUGCAAUGAUGACAUGUCUGUUAAAGUACGGGAUACAACAGCAUCAUGCACCUGUCAAGAGCAUAUGCAUAUUACUGGAGGGUGUGCAUUUUUUCACUAGUGCAGCGGAAGACUUGAGAUGCAUAUGA